UGAGAACUGUCACUUCUGAAUAUAAAAUCAAGGGGAUGUCGCUGUUCAACGACCUGUCCUUCUCGACUAUCCAUCCAUCCAUCGAGCCAAUAAUACCCUCAGCAUCCUCCCCAAACCACGUCCAUCACAAUGGUUUCCAAGCUCGCCCUCGCCGCCGCCGCGCUGUCCACCUUCACUGGUGUCUCGGCUGUCCCCGUGCCCCAGACCCUCCAGGAGAUUGUGGGCGGUGAGCCCGCUGCCCAAGGCGAGUUUCCCUACAUCGUCUCUCUGCAGCGCUCUGGGAGCCACUCCUGCGGCGGUGCUCUCCUCAACGCCGACACUGUCGUCACGGCCGCCCAUUGCUCCGUCAACGUCAAUGUCGGCAUCCUGUCUGUUACCGCCGGCACCAACACCUGGUCUUCUGGUGGCACUGAGGUCGGUGUCUCUAGCAUCGCCGUCCACCCCCAGUACGACGACUCCUCGCUCGACAACGACGUCGCCAUCUGGAAGCUGUCCCAGCCCAUCGAUGCAGGCAGCGGCAUCGGCUACGUGAGCCUGCCGUCCUCUGGCUCCGACCCCGCCGCGGGAUCCUCUACCACCAUCGCUGGCUGGGGCGCCACCCGCGAAGGCGGUGCCAGCAGCUCGCAGCUGCUCAAGGUCUCCGUGCCCGUCGUCGACCGCGACGAGUGCAACUCGGCGUACGGCGGCGACAUUACCGACGCCAUGUUCUGCGCUGGUCUGCCCGAGGGUGGCAAGGAUGCCUGCCAGGGUGACUCUGGCGGUCCCAUUGUCGAUAACUCGGGUGCCCUGAUUGGUGUUGUCUCCUGGGGCCAGGGCUGCGCUCGCCCUGGCUACCCUGGCGUCUACACCCGCAUCGCCAACUUUAUCUCGUUCAUCAACAGCAAUGCGUAAAGGAUUGCUGAUGUGAUAUGGGGCGGGGUUGUUCACUGUAUAUACUUUGAGGAAGUUAGCAUGGGGUUUCCUUUUGAACUCGGCAACGG